GCGCCGGGGAGCCGAGCACGGUGGCGCGGGCAGAGGGCGGUGGGCGGCGAGCGGCGAUGGGCCGCGCCUGGGGCUUGCUCGUUGGACUCCUGGGCGUCGUGUGGCUGCUGCGCUUGGGCCACGGCGAGGAGCGGCGGCCUGAGACAGCGGCACAGCGCUGCUUCUGCCAGGUUAGUGGUUACCUGGACGACUGUACCUGUGAUGUCGAGACCAUCGAUAAGUUUAAUAAUUACAGACUUUUCCCAAGACUACAAAAGCUUCUUGAAAGUGACUACUUUAGAUAUUACAAGGUGAACUUGAAGAAGCCUUGUCCUUUCUGGAAUGACAUCAACCAGUGUGGAAGAAGAGACUGUGCCGUCAAACCCUGCCAUUCUGAUGAAGUUCCUGAUGGAAUUAAGUCUGCGAGCUACAAGUAUUCUGAGGAAGCCAACCGCAUUGAAGAAUGUGAGCAAGCUGAGCGACUUGGAGCCGUGGAUGAGUCUCUGAGUGAGGAGACCCAGAAAGCUGUGCUUCAGUGGACCAAGCAUGAUGAUUCUUCAGACAGCUUCUGCGAAGUUGAUGAUAUACAGUCACCCGAUGCCGAGUAUGUGGAUUUACUCCUUAACCCUGAGCGCUACACAGGCUACAAGGGGCCAGAUGCUUGGAGGAUAUGGAGUGUCAUCUAUGAAGAAAACUGUUUUAAGCCACAGACAAUUCAAAGGCCUUUGGCUUCUGGGCAAGGAAAAAGUAAAGAGAACACGUUUUACAGCUGGCUAGAAGGUCUCUGUGUAGAAAAGAGAGCAUUCUACAGACUUAUAUCUGGCCUGCAUGCAAGCAUUAAUGUGCAUUUGAGUGCAAGGUAUCUUCUACAAGAUACUUGGCUGGAAAAGAAAUGGGGUCACAAUGUCACAGAGUUCCAGCAGCGCUUUGAUGGGGUUCUGACUGAAGGAGAAGGCCCACGAAGGCUGAAGAACUUGUACUUCCUGUACCUGAUAGAGUUAAGGGCUCUCUCCAAAGUGCUUCCAUUUUUUGAGCGUCCAGAUUUUCAGCUCUUCACUGGGAAUAAAGUUCAGGAUGCAGAAAACAAAGCGUUACUUCUGGAGAUACUUCAUGAAAUCAAGUCAUUUCCUUUGCAUUUCGAUGAGAAUUCUUUUUUUGCUGGGGAUAAAAAUGAAGCACAUAAAUUAAAGGAGGACUUCCGGCUACACUUUAGGAACAUUUCAAGAAUCAUGGACUGUGUUGGCUGCUUCAAGUGCCGCCUGUGGGGCAAGCUUCAGACGCAGGGGCUGGGCACUGCUCUGAAGAUCUUGUUUUCCGAAAAACUGAUCGCAAAUAUGCCGGAAAGCGGACCAAGUUAUGAAUUCCAGCUAACCAGACAAGAAAUAGUAUCACUGUUUAAUGCAUUUGGAAGGAUUUCCACAAGUGUGAGAGAAUUAGAGAACUUCAGGCACCUGUUGCAGAACGUUCACUGAGGAGGACGGGUGGAGCGAGCCUGUUUCUGCACAGGGGAAUUGCAGGGCAGAGGCUCUCUGAGCACCGCGGUUGCAGUGACUGUCCUAAGCCAAACGUUUGUUUAUAUAAAGCUGCUUUUGUAAAAGAAGGGAUACAUUGUCCUAAGUAAAUGACAUUUUUAAAAAUCGUGUUCAUGUUUAAUAUUAUUGUGAAUAAAAGUAGUAUUUUGGUAAUAUACAAAUUUUAAUACUAAGCAAAAGUAAGGUCAUUAAACUCCCUUAUGAUAAAGCUAGGUAAAUACUGCCUUAGGCUCUCAAACUAGAGUUGAAUUUAAGAAGGUAAUGAAAGCCAAGCUAAGGUACCUGUGACAAAUGUUUGAUAAUAAAAUACUAAGAGGCUCAGCAGUAAACCAUGGUUAUCAGCCUCAGACACCAAUGCUUUUUCAUUUGCCUCGUAUACAAAGAAAAUACAGACUGCCCAGUUAGAUUUAAGUUUUAGAAAAGCAACCAGUUUUCCUUUCAAUGUUAAGUAUGUUGAAGUUUAUUAUUAGAGCCUAUUUAUACUACAAGUUAUUUGCUCAAAGUUCAAGUUUAACUGGGAGCCCUGUGUUUUCCUGGCAACCUUAAAAUACACUGGUAUGAAACAUUCCUUUUAGAGUUAAAUAGCUAUUUUGAUUGUGCUGUUUUGGUAUGUUGGGAAGUAGAACAAUUCAAAGGCACAGGAGAUUUCUAAACAUUGUAGAAAGAUAAAUAGAUUAUAUAUUUAUUCUCAUAAUAGUUCCCCAAUAGAAUUUUGGGGAAAAUUUUAUUUUUAUAUAAUUUCAUAUUUACAGAAAAGUUUCAAAAACAGUUAAAAAAACAAACAAACAAACUGGUUUUACUCAGAUUCAUGGAUUGUUCACAUGUGUUUUAACCCCUCACCCCAGCUCACAGUGGUGAUUGAGCCCAGGACCUCAGUCAUGCUGGGCUAGCCCUGCAUUCAUGAGCUGUGUCCUCAGGCCUUGCUUAAGCUCCUACAUAGACAUAGAUACCCUGCUUUUUAUUUAAGGGUUUGAGUCAUGGGCAUCAUGAUUUAACCCAAAAUACUUCAGUGUGAUGGCCAAUAAUUUCCUAAAAACUAUUUUUUUGUUUUCUUUUUAAAGGAAUAACCAAACCUUACAGAUCUGAGCUGAACUACUUACUAUAAGCCUUAAAACAAGGAGACAUCCCACAUCCCAGCCACCUGACGUUUGAAUUUGGUUGCCUUUUUCGACCUGUGUAGUCACAGGCUAUACAACUCAUGUUUUUACGCAUGAAACUCUUUUCUUUUUCUCCACAGGAUGGAGCUGUAACGUAGAUAGGAUGGAUUGUUAGUAGAAGUUCUACACUGAGAGCAGUAUUUGAAGUGGCUUAAGAAUUUACAUCACAUGGCAAUUAUAAAUGGUAUAUACCUCAAAAUUAUGCCCCCUUGAGGUCACAUCUAAUGUCUUGAGCAGUUAGGACUGGUUGAGAUGUCACAUAAGCAGGACUUACAUAUGUAAUGGCUAGGAAUGUCACUUUACACUGCUGUGCAUUUUGUCUGUCUCUAAGACUUGGUCUAGUGCCAGGCAUACAGUUGGUGUCUAAUAUUUGUUGAUGGAAAGUAUAUGUGUUUAGUAUACUUUAAGUGAUGGUGAUGUAGCUUGUUUAAUAAUGUAUCCUAUUUCCCCCUCCCUCUCACUUUUUCUUUUGGAUCUCAUAAUAAAAGACAUCAGCCCACUAAUUAGGUCAGUUUUCUUGGGGACUUAAAAGAACUAAAUGAUCACCACACACAAGCCAGCCCUUUUGAAACCCUCACUGCUUUCACGUGCUUUUCCCACUUGAUUGGCUCUGUCCCUCCAAGUGAGGUCUAAUACCUAAUUCUAAGUUUAUAGUGAACAAGCAGUUUAAUUUUUAAGAAAUUUUAACUUUUCCUGUACAUGACACAAUUGACCAUCCCUUCCCUGAAGUCCCUAUUCCUUUGUGUCCUUGUGUUUGGAUUACUCCUGGGUAUCUUUCUUCUGGUCUCUUCAUUUAACCUAAGUAUCAUUCCUCAGACUUUUUGCUCUAAGUCACUGGGCCAUACUUUUGAGUAAUUUCAAUGCAGUAAUCUCAUUUUGGCUUCUCAGUCUGUCUCUCUGCUGUGCUCACUUGGCUGCCCGUUGUCGAUUCUGCAUCUUCAAGGACUCAGUCACCACAAACCUACUCUAUGUUUGUGUUCCUUACUUGGUUAAUUUCAGAGCCAUUGCACCGUUCAAGGCUUUAUAGUUCGUUCCUGUAUCAUCCACCUGACUAUUGGUGUCUUAAGCUCUGCCAAUUUUCUCUCAACAUUUCUAUCAGUGUUUUUCAGUUUUUAUUACGAUCACCAAAGGAUUACCUGUCUUUUCCCAUCUCUCUGUUGGCUCACAUCACCAGAUUGGGCUUUCUAGAAGCCUUCAGCCUAAUUAAUUCCUGCUGGCAAGUUUAUGAGCUUUUUGGUGAGAGUCUCUGCUUGAUAUCCAAGACCCUCCUCUUGUGUUUGCCACUGUUCUGAUUAGAGUGUUAAAAAGCUUUCCAAAAGUCCAGAGUUGUCAGCCUUCCAAACCUUUGCAGACACAGUAUUUGCAUUGAGAGCCCUAGGCUUCCUUCUCAUCUGGGAAAUCCCAUGCAUUUUUGAAAUUCUGUGAAAUUACCCAUGUCCCCUUCCUAUGGUUACCACUGUAACUGCAACCUACCUCUACUGAAUCACUUAUUGUACUGUAUAUUUUAUUUUAUGAAGUGUCCUUUACUAGAAUGUGAGCUCCUUCGGGGCAGGAAAAGAAACCAUUCAUUUUGGCACCUCUAUAGCAUAAUGUUUGGCACAUGAGCAUUUAAUAAAAGUUUGUUGAAUAAAUGGCUUCACAUGACAGCUGUUCUGACUGCAGGUACCUUCACUGCCUUUGCUGCACAAUGAGGAUCUGGGCGUGGGGGGCAAUAAAGAUGAAAAUAAUUGAAAAAUC